CUCCCAAAAAUGGCGUCUGUCUCCUCCUCCUUAUCCCUCUGCUUCCUUUCUCCUCAUGCCCAAGCUCGCUCCAACAAACCUCCACGUAAACAGCUUUCUCUCAAGAAGCCUAAGAGCAUUAGCCCCUCUCCUCCACAGCCUCUCUCCUUCGUCUCCGGCGGCCAAGCCACCACCUACACUCGUCUACCUCCCAGAGACGAUGACUUAUUGUUCCUUUCCGAAUCAGCUACAGAGAUCAAAUUGUCCGAUUUAGUAAUUCCCACCCAUAAACCAAAGAAACCCACCUUUGCUACUGAAGAUAAGAUAGAGGAUGAUGUAGAAUCCAGUACCAAUGAGGAGGAGCCAGGGUUUGAUUAUGGGAAAUUUGAGUUAUUUGAGAUAAAUUCUGACGAUGAAAUUGAAGAUGACAAGUUUGAUGAAGAUGAAUUGGAAUUUGAGAACAAAGGAGAAGAAGAUGAUGAUGAGGAUAAUGAGAGAGAGAAGGAGAAAGGAGUGCCUGCAGUUAUGAGAUGUUUUGACAGGGCGAAAAUCUAUGUAAGGUCCGGGGAUGGAGGUAAUGGAGUGGUGGCCUUCCGCCGUGAGAAAUUCGUGCCGUUAGGUGGACCUUCCGGUGGCGAUGGUGGAAGAGGAGGAAAUGUAUAUUUGGAAGUUGAUGGUUCCAUGAAUUCUUUGCUACCGUUUAGGAACAGCAUUCAUUUUCGGGCUGAGAGAGGGAGUCAUGGGCAGGGGAGCAAGAUGAAUGGAGCAAAGGGAGAGGAUGUUGUUGUGAAGGUGCCACCUGGGACUGUGGUGAGGGCCGCCGGAAAAGAUGGGGUUCCGGGAGAUGUGUUGUUAGAGUUGUUACAUCGAGGGGAUAGGGCUUUAUUGUUGCCUGGUGGAAGAGGUGGAAGGGGAAAUGCUUCCUUUAAGUCAGGGGCCAAUAAGGUGCCUAGAAUUGCAGAGGAUGGAGAAGAGGGUCCUGAAAUGUGGUUGGAAUUGGAGCUGAAGUUGGUUGCAGAUAUUGGAAUAGUGGGUGCUCCGAAUGCAGGAAAAAGCACUUUUCUCAGUGUUAUUAGCGCUGCUCAGCCGAACAUUGCAAAUUACCCCUUCACUACGCUACUUCCCAAUUUGGGUGUGGUCUCAUUUGAUUAUGAUGCUUCUAUCGUUGUGGCAGAUCUUCCAGGUUUACUUGAAGGAGCACACCGAGGUUUUGGUUUGGGCCAUGAGUUUCUUCGCCAUACUGAAAGAUGUUCAGCUCUGGUACAUAUUGUUGAUGGCUCGUCUCAACAACCAGAAUACGAAUAUGAUGCAGUUCGACUUGAGCUAGAAAUGUUCAGUCCUGAAAUUGCUGAAAAGCCGUUUAUAGUUGCAUACAACAAAAUGGAUCUCCCUGAGGCAUAUGAAAAGUGGAAAUCAUUCCAGGAGAACCUUCGUUCACGUGGGAUUGAACCUUUUUGCAUAAGUGCAAUAAAUAGAGACGGGACUCGAGAAUUGAUUACCGCAGCUUAUGAGCUUGUACGGCAAAGAAUUGAAGAUGCAAAAGAUGAAAGUUGGAGAGAGCCUGCACAUUUCAGUCACGUGGCUGAAAUGGUGAAAAAGCAGCGUACUGCUCCGAUCAAUGAUUUUGAAAUCUCUCAUGAUACUACUUCCAAUACAUGGCAUAUUGAAGGAGCAGGCUUGCAACGAUUUGUUCAAAUGACAAACUGGAAAUAUAUGGAUUCUGAUAGAAGGUUCCAGCAUGUUCUAGAGGCAUGUGGUGUUAACAAGUCUUUAAUUAAACAAGGUGUGAAGGAAGGUGAUACAGUUAUCAUUGGCGAGAUGGAGAUGGUGUGGCAUGAUUCUCCGACCAAUUCCGGCCCUAAUAGGAAGCUCUCAACAGGAUCUGUCAAAUGGGCUGAUUGGAAAUGAUCCAUGUAUGUCCUCCUCUGAAGAAAGGUGCUGCUUAUUUAUGAAGUGGCUGACAGAUGUUGAUGGGCUGGGGAUGAUUAGUGAAGUAGUUGAUAUACAAGUUGAAAGGUUAUUUAUAUAAUUUUGUUGCAUAUAGGAGUAGCGUCAAGUCAUAACUUAUUCAUUAGUGUUGUAUUGUAAUUAGUUUCUGACAUAAAUUUUGAAGAUAGUAAUAGCCCUUCUGAUAGAAACAUAAGCAUGCCCUUUGAAA